UUACAGGAAGAUUUGAUUUGUACGAAGCAGUAUUUAAAUGUAAAAGUUGUGAUUCAAUUUACCCUGCAGCAAUAGAAGACUAUAUUGCGUCUGGUUACUUUCCUGGAAACCCCAAAAGAACAAAUUUUUUUAUUUCUUCUGAUCUUUCAGAGUUUUGGUUUCAUCUCAAGUAUUUAACACCUGGUACCUCCGAACAAAAAUUUCUUGAAACAUUAUCUGCCAAAUCACUCAAGGCAGAGAGGAACGCUACAAUUAACACUCCGCUUUUCAACAAAGCCGCGAAGGCUUAUGAAUAUACGAGUCAUUUAGUUGAUAUCAAAAUUUGCAAAAUGGAUAAGCGACGAUGCAGAUCUUGCACUCCAUUUCAAUUGUCGUGUCAUCCUGAUGGCGAUCACAAGUUAAUCAAAAGACGACGCCUAAAUGAACGAGUUAAAAGGUCAUGGUACGGCGAUGCUAUAAUUAUGCGUGAUGAAGACUUUGAUGUAUUAAACAAGGAAAUUAACAGCUAUAAACCUCAAGGUAAAAAUACUAUAGGCGCUCAAAAAUGUGGAAACUCUCAGUUUGAGGCUGCACGAGAAUUUUCCAAACGAUAUAAGGGAUUAGAGGUAACCGGCAACGUAAUGACGUCCUGUGGGCAUGGCGUAAUUCAGUGCUCAAUUGACAUGCACGAAGGGGAAACCUUCCGUCAUACCUUUGCUUCUCAUAUUAAAGUGCACUCACUGAAAAACAAAAAACAGCUUACUCUCUAA